CGCGGCGGGUGCGAGAUGCGCUCAGAGAAGGAGGGGGCCGGAGGCCCAGGGGCUGCCGUUGCUGCGCGGGGCCCGAGCGGGAGGGAGAAGCCGUCGGCCGUGGAAGUCCAGUUCCGCCGGGAGUCGCCGCGGCGAGAACCCGAGGCGCCACCAGCCUCGUUUUUCGUUUGCGGGGACGGCACUUGCAAACAUCGCGAGGAGAAGAAAACGGUCCUGAGCAAGGUGGUCAUCCGGCGGCUUCCUCCCAGCCUCACCAAGGAGCAGCUGGAAGAGCAGCUACACCCACUGCCGGCACAUGAUUACUUUGAGUUCUUUACUGCCGAUUUCAGUCUUUAUCCUCAUCUCUACUCAAGAGCAUACAUUAAUUUUAGAAAUCCUGAUGACAUCCUUCUUUUUAGAGAUCGUUUUGAUGGAUAUAUCUUCAUUGACAGUAAAGGCCUAGAAUAUCCUGCAGUGGUAGAGUUUGCCCCAUUCCAGAAGAUAGCCAAAAAGAAGCUAAAGAAAAAAGAUGCCAAAACCGGAAGCAUUGAAGAUGAUCCGGAAUACAAGAAGUUUUUGGAAACUUACUGUGUGGAGGAAGAGAAAACGAAUGCCAAUCCUGAAACUCUUCUGGGAGACAUGGAGGCAAAGACAAGAGAGCUUAUUGCUAGAAGAACCACACCUCUUUUGGAAUAUAUUAGAAAUAGAAAAUUAGAGAAGCAGAGGAUUCGAGAAGAGAAGCGAGAAGAGCGAAGGAGGAGGGAGCUGGAGAAGAAGCGCUUACGGGAAGAAGAAAAGAGAAAAAAGAGAGACGAGGAGAGGUGUAAGAGAAAAGAAGCAGACAAACAGAAGAGAACAGCAGAGAGAGAAGUAAGGAUUAAGCUUCUUAAGAAACCAGAAAAGGGAGAGGAACCAACCACUGAGAAGCCAAAAGAAAGAGGAGAGGAAAUGGAUACUAGAGAUGGAGAACAGGAGUCCUGUCCUGGCUCUGCUGUCCGGAAGCCCAUGCCCUUGGGGAGCUCGCUGGAGGAGCCCAGGGAAAAGUCACAGAAUGAGAGCAAUGAAGAGCAAAGGGAGUUGGACCGAAGAUUCAGAGAAAAAGACCUUGAAACACAAAGAUGCCACUUGGAUGACAGUAGAAAGCAGAGAGCUCACUGUGAGUUUGACACGUUUUCGCGGAGAAAUGAGGAGGAGCCGAGAUGGGGGAAAGGAGGCCCCCCCGACAGAGGGAAGAAGGGGAGCCAGGACAGUGGCAACGCUGUGGAGGCAGCAGAGUGGCCCGGGAAAGAGCAGAGGAGUGAAGGUGGCCCAGCAGCCAAAAUGGAGCGCCCAGGAAACAAGGAUCGGCCGGCCUUGCAGCUGUACCAGCCAAGAGUUCGCAUCCGAGCACGAGAAGGUGGUAGGGGAACUUCUGUGGAGUGCCCUGGCAGGAACAGGGACGAGGCUGAAGAUUCAGCACAGGGGGGUUCCCAGAAGAGCGAAGAGGCGGGGUUUUUGAGAGCUGCCCAAUGUCAUCCAAAUCAAGAAAAGAGAAGAUCUGUAGCAUUAUGUUGUCAGGCAUGUGAAUUAACAAAUCAAAUUUUCCAUGACGCAGAUUCAAAGAAUAAUCCAAUGAUACUUCUUUCCCAAACACAUUGUGCAUCUGCCCUAAACAUCAGUGAGAGAGAGAGACAGAGACAGGUAGACACAGGCAGAGACAGACCAGGUUAUAAUAGGCCAAAUCAGUCCCACACACUCUCAAAAAACAUCACUUGAUUUGAGGAGCACCUGUGCUUCUUCACAGAGGGUAUACCUAUCUUUGUAACAAAGCCAUAUUCCCACUGAAAAGAUGGGCAUCAUUAAGGAAUUCCAGUGUCCCUCAAGUGAAGUAACAGCAUCUCACAUUUAUGAUGCUCUUUACUUGUAGUCUGACAACAGUCCUUUGAAGAGGCAGUGUAACCACUCUGGGAGGUUCCUGCAUUCCUUCGUCACAUUCUCUCCAAGCGCCUCUGUGUGGCAGGCACUUUUGUAGGUGUCGGGCAUAAGCAGUGAACACAGCAGACCAGUCCCUGCAUUCUCAGGGCUCAUACUCUUCCUUAAACAUACAAGGAGCUGAAACCCCUAAAAGGUAGGGUCUUCCUCGAAUCUUCCAGGUCAUAAGUGCCAGAACCAGAUUGUCUAGAUCAGAAACCCUUCAUCCGAAAUCCAUGUUGAGUGUUGAUAUGACACUGUUGCUCUAGUGGCCAUCCAUGGCCCCUAAAUUAGUCUCCCUGAUAUUAUGAAUAAACAAGAUCAUACUCUU